CCGGAUGUAGAACAGUACUGUGAAAUUCAUUGUAACACAUCAAAUAAAGGGCUGUCUUUAGAUUUCCAUCUACAUAUCAAAGUGUUUGUACUGGGAGAAGGCAGAAAGGAAUGGAGGAGAUUUAUACCCAAGGCGUCUGGAUGGCCGAAGGUCUCCAGCAGAGGACGAAGACUCAGGAGAAAUUCUGGCUUACGGUCACUCAUAUGGGAGACCCUAAAGCAGCCUUUUUGCUCGUCUUUCCUUUUACUUAUUUCAUCAACAGGAGAGCUGGGGUAGCGGUGCUUUGGACGGCAGCUAUAUCGGAGUGGUUAAACUUAGUGUUCAAAUGGUUGCUGUUUGGAGAGAGGCCAUUCUGGUGGAUCGGUGAAUCGCGUCUUUUUGUCAACAAGCAACCGAAAAUUCACCAGUUUCCGUCCACCUGUGAAACAGGCCCAGGCAGUCCGUCUGGACAUGCGAUGGUGACAGCAGCAGUCUGGUGGGUCGUUGUGUCCUCGCUGGGGUCCUUUCUGUACUCCCGUACUCACAGCGUUCUGUUAUCAGCUGCUCCCUACGUCCUUUAUGUGGUGAUGCUUGUUGCAGUUGGAAUCUCCAGGAUUUUUAUCCUCGCACACUUUCCUCAUCAGGUCGUUGCUGGCUCCAUUACAGGUUUCAUUCUGGGGAUUGUCCUGAGCUGCAGAGUACCAGAAGGUCGCCCCCUGCUGUUUUUCUUUAGUUUAAGCUUUGGGCUGCUGUUCGGAGCUCUGAUGCUCCAUGCUGGAUUAAAGCAGCUGGGAAUUGACCUCUCUUGGUCUAUUGCUUUGGCCAAGAAAUGGUGCAGCCAUGCAGAAUGGAUUCGUUUGGACACAGCCCCAUUCUCCUCUCUCACCCGAGACUGUGGGGCCCUGUUGGGUUUGGGGCUGGCACAGUACUGGAAGCCUGGUGGAUGGUCUCUACCUUGGGCUCCCAGAGCUUUGUCUAUGGCUGUAUCAUCCAUGGGUCUUUACCACGUGAAUCGUCUACCGCUCCCGGUCCGACCACAGGGCCUUUUCUACAGCCUGUUCUUUGUCAAAUUCGUCCUAGUGCCUCUGAUCGUUAUGGUACUUGUGCCUGGGCUGGUACACCUGUUAACAUUCAAAAAAAAGAAAGACUAGAAGA